ACCCCACCAUUUUUAUAUCUCCAUCUUUUUCUGCUUACGAAUUCUAUCCUCAAAGCACUGUGAACCUCUUCCAUUCGAUUAAACCAUCCUACGACUGCAACCAUGCCUGGUCCCGUCAUCGAAGAAAUCGAAGCCGAGAAGAAGCUUAAGGAGGAUGAGCCAAUCGUGGAGGACGUGAAGGAGGAAGACGACCACGAUGAUGACGCCGAUGAUUCUGACGACGACGAUGACGAUGACAAGGAAGAUAGCGCCCUUGGAGGUAGUGAGAGUUCUAAGCAGAGCAGGAGUGAGAAGAAGAGUCGGAAAGCCAUGUUGAAGCUUGGCAUGAAACCUGUUACAGGGGUUAGCAGGGUCACUAUUAAGAGGACCAAAAAUGUUUUAUUCUUCAUCUCAAAACCAGACGUCUUCAAAAGCCCAAAUUCCGAGACCUAUGUCAUAUUUGGAGAGGCUAAGAUUGAGGAUUUGAGCUCGCAGUUGCAGACACAAGCAGCUCAGCAGUUUAGGAUGCCAGACAUGGGAUCUGUGAUGGCCAAGUCAGAUGUGUCCCCCUCUACUGCUGCUGCUGAGGCAGAUGAGGAAGAAGAAGAGGUCGAUGAGACUGGUGUUGAACCUCGGGACAUUGAUUUGGUUAUGACACAAGCAGGAGUGUCCAGGAGCAAGGCAGUCAAGGCUCUGAAGUGCCACAAUGGAGACAUAGUCAGUGCUAUUAUGGAGCUUACCACUUGAGUAUGCUUACAAAUUCACCUUUCAAUUUGUGCUUGAUGAUGAAUUUUGGAGUCACUCUCAUUCUAUUUUUGUUGCCCUUGUUAAUUGGCGAACCACCUAUUAAGAUGUGGUCCGAUGUAGAACCUCAUUGGCCUAUAUCAAGAAAUGAAGGGCUUUCUUUUUUAUUUUGGUUCUA